GUGGUCUUAUCUAUAGUAGUCCGUGUAUCUAUGUUUUUUAUCAUCUGUUUUAAAAAAUAAAAUUCAAUAAAAUAUAAAUAAUAAUUGUAAUACCGAAAUUGGAAUGCCUAUUGGUUUAUGAGUUUAUGAUGUUAUGUCGUCCACCUACUAUGUCUUUGUUUGAAAAUUCAGAUUAUAAUUAUAAUUACUAAUUGAACAUAUAUGUAGAUUAAUAGAUUGAGUAUUUUGGAAAUUAUUGGUAUUAAUGGCCGGCUUAGAAUCGUUCAGUAUGGACUUCCAAAGACACCGACCCUCGAGGAGUAUAUCGGAACACCCAUCUCAGCUACAACAGAAUUUUCAGGACACCGAAAUGAUCAGACGACAGCACCGUGAAACUCUCAUGGAAAUGUCUAAAAACAAAGAUAUCCUAGUCAAUGAUACUGUGAACAAAUGUCUAAAACCAACAUGUCUAAUAUUACAGCAUGUUGUGAGCUAUCCAUUUAUUGUGUUACGAAGACAAUGUCAAUUACAUUAUGCAUCAACUCGUUAUCAUAUUGUGCCAUUUACAUUAAUUCCAGUAGUAUAUAGACUUGUCAAGAGUCAAGGAAUAAGUGUUUUGUGGAAAGGAUUUGGAACAGUUUUACUAAUCAAAGGAAUAACAAUGGCAAUUGAAGCAUUAUUGUCAGAACUCUUUGAUUUACCAAAAGAUACCGAUUCUAUAAAUAAUUCCAAAAGUUUUGGAAAACAUAUUAUGUUAAAAUGUGCAAGUUUGAGUAUUAUCACUCCAUUUUAUUCAGCAUGUCUUGUAGAAACUGUUCAAAGCAAUAUUGCUAGUGAAAAAACUGCAUUUUAUGACGUAUUUAAAGAAGGUUUUAUUAGACUUCUUCAAUGGAAUUGUCCACAAAAAGGUCGAAUGUUGCCAGUUUGGAUUAUAGUUGUGCCCACAGUAACAUACGGAGUCUUAAGAUACAUAACUAAUAUAAUAGUUAGUAAAAGUGUAAAACAAAUUUUAAUUAUGUAUGAGCUACGAAUCUGCAAAACUGAAGUUAUUACAAAAGAUUCUAAUGCUCCAUCUUCUAUUAAUGAACGACUGGAAGCAGUUUCUGAUUUAACAGCUUCCGCAUUCAGUGAUGCUGUUCUUUUUCCCUUGGAGUUAGUUAUGCACCGUCUUUAUUUACAAGGCACGAGAACUAUUAUUGAUAAUUUAGAUACUGGAACUUCUGUAAUGCCAAUUUUAACUGGUUAUGAAGGACCAUUAGACUGUUUGGCGACAACUGUUGCACAAGAAGGGCGUUUAGGUUUGUUCAAGGGAUUUGGAGCAUUGUUACUUCAAACAUCAUUAAUAGUCAUUUUGUAUAAAGUAGUAAAAAUAAGUCUAGUAAAAGUGGUUGAUGCUUAUGCCGCUACUUCAUCAAACCAAUCAACACAGGCUGUAAUUAAUAAGCCAAAUAAUUCAGCUACUACACUAGAGCAGUCCAACAUACCAGAAUUCAAACCUUUAAUGCGAUCGACCUCAUUUAUGAUGUAAAUUUUGUUUUUAAUUAUUUUUAAUUUAUAUCCUACUUUAAUAAAUUUGUUACACUCAUUGUAGCACUUAUUUUAGUCAUAUAACUUUAAAAAAACAUUGUAUCCUAUGAAAUUGUAAUAAAUUGUAACAUUUAAAUACGAAA